GGAGAGAGACUUUUUUGUUUUUAUUUUUAAAACUUUGGCUGGAUUUUGGUGUCUUGACUCAGCAAAGUCUGUAAUGCAGCAGGGCUUGGUAAGCAUUAAAAGAGGGUGGUGAAGCUUUCUUUUAUUUCAUAAUCCCAAUUGUUUUUCUAGAAACCAUCAACAGCCUCUAAAUGACUGACUCAAUUUUUGGAUCCUAAUCUCAUGACUAAGCAAAUGUUUGAUUUGAAACCAGCCCAGUAUAAAUGUCUCUGCCUCUGACUCUCCAUAGCUACUCCUGUAUUUCUUUCGGCAGUGGAGAAGUCAACCUGUGCACCAAAGAUGUCUAAAACUGGAACCAAGAUUACUUUCUAUGAAGACAAAAACUUUCAAGGCCGCCGCUAUGACUGUGAUUGCGACUGUGUGGAUUUCCACUCAUACCUAAGUCGCUGCAACUCCAUUAGAGUGGAAGGAGGCACCUGGGCUGUGUAUGAAAGACCCAACUUCGCUGGGCACGUGUACAUCUUACCCCAGGGCGAGUACCCUGAAUAUCAGCGUUGGAUGGGCCUCAACGACCGCGUGGGCUCUUGCAAAGCUGUUCAUCUGUCUAGCGGAGGCCAGUAUAAGAUUCAGAUCUUUGAGAAAGGAGAUUUUAAUGGUCAGAUGUAUGAAACUACUGAAGAUUGCCCUUCCAUCAUGGAGCAGUUCCAUAUGCGAGAGAUCCACUCCUGUAAGGUGCUGGAGGGUGCCUGGAUUUUCUAUGACCUUCCCAACUACCGCGGCAGACAGUACCUCCUGGACAAGAAGGAAUACCGGAAGCCCAUUGACUGGGGUGCAGCGUCGCCCGCGGUCCAGUCCUUCCGCCGCAUUGUGGAGUAAUGACGUGGAUGGGGCCAUAGAUUUCCUCCCGAGAGCCAAAUGCUGGCUGGCCUUGCGGUACAAAUAGGCAUCACAAAUAAAACAAUUGGCCCGCAUCCCACUGCUGACUACAGUGCCUCUUCUUAAACGCUUCUAGGGACCAGUAAAGUAGAGCCCACCGCAGUGGGUAGCUACACAAAGCAACUCAUCCACCAGAUUAGCCAUCUAGAUCUUUGUGCCAAACAAAAUGAGACUGCAUUAAAAGAUUAGAAAAUCA